AUGCUCUUGCAAGUCCCUUUUGAAAGUGACUAUACGGCAGGCGUCAGUGAGAAUCGUCGGCUGGAGUGGCGAGAUCCUGUCAAUAUCCCCCAGGACACGCAAGCUCUCGGCCAACUAAUCGAUAUCAUUCACCAACGCGGCAAAUUGGGAGGUAAUGUUGCAUUUAUGGGAGCGAUGGAUAUUAUCUCCCAUGCAAGGACACAAUUUCUUAUUAAAAGCCUUCAACGUGGAGCCAUUGUCGCUCUGCGGCGUCUCUUUCUAAGAGCUGACCCGUUUAGUAAGAGCUGGAAUGGAAUAGGUCCUGGAAUCGCUAUCUUCAAUAAGUUGGUAAACUCUUCGGUUGAAGUGCGCAAUUGUCUUCUUGAUUUUUGGCCUCUAAUUUUGCGACCACUCAAGUUCGUCUUUCAGAAGCUGGAGAAGAUGAGACAAAAGCAUACGAGGUUUUGCAAUGCACUGGGACCUCGAGAAUGUAAGCGAAAUGGUAGGGAUGAAAGGGUAGAGACCUUUCAAGAGCAAAUUUUGCCCUACAUGAUCAAUGAUCCCCGUGUUAUAUUGCAGCGGGAGGGUGCAGGUUGGAUCACGAUGUCCGACUAUAUGAGGAACUUAGAACUCAUGUUUCUGGUGGCACCGGAUCGAACACAAGAGUCAGUGGAUCGAAUAUACCGACUCAAUCGUACCAUCAACCUACACCAUACGUCCUUCUGGGAGAUCAUACCCCGUGAUCUGCAAGCAAAACACAAGGUCCUACCUGGUCCGCGACUCCACUUUCUCAACCUUCUCGAUCGGUUUGAACUCGGCCGUGGUGAUGCGCAUGAAGCUGCGCAAGAAGAUGUUGCACUAAAGGCUCAGUGGGACUUGCAAGCCGUGUGGCUGGACCGAGUCGAACUCCUCAGUAGUAUAGAACACGAAACAGUCAACACUGAGGUUGCAUUUAAGGAUUCGAACUCAACAAAAACCGAAGGUAAAAACGAAAGGCAAUCCUUGUCUAACCGAUCAUUCAUUGCGUUUAGCUUCAACCCAGAAGAGCAUACGCCUGCUUCAGAGACCGAUUUUCGAGACUCAUUGAUGACAAUACUGUUGAAAAUUCCUGACAGAGCAAAGCACAAUAUCAGUAGAGACAAUAAGUCUGAGGAAGAAUGCUUAAAAAAUGCCGUCGCUAAGAGGACGGCAGACAAAUCUGACACAUGGGCUAUAGCACCCCCAGUUGCGCGACGUCUGAAACAGGACCCAAGGCAAUCCAAGUGGUUUCGAAAGGCUGUAAAACCGCUUAUCAAUUCCCUGUGCUUACCAGAAAGCCAGAAAGAGGCCGUAAAAAUGGUUUACGCGGGAUACGAGACCAUUGUUAAGACAAAAAAGCACCCAAAUACGUUAAGCACCCCUACUUUCCCAAAUAAGGCCCAUAAACCCAGCAGUCAUUGCCAAAUCUGA